UUUAAAUCAAACGACCUAUCUUGCCGAAAUGGUAUCCUGCAGAUGAAGGUGACUAUAAACUGCAUAUAGAUGAGGCAGCAAAAGGGAACCCAAGACCGGCUGAAAUGAAAUCAACCAAUGAUAUCGUUUAUAUUUGAACUCCUUAAGCAUCAUCAUUGGAUAAAGUCCAGGAUACGAGAACACAACAUCGCUGGUGCCUGGUGUGUAUGGAUAAGUAUUAGUGUCGCUGUCUUUGCUCAAUUAGUUCUGCUCUGUUUUGGUUGAAAUCACAUAUAGAUAUAUUUCAGGGCCGACGAGGAAAAACAAAUCUCAUAUUUUGUGUGAUUCUGCAUCAUUGGGUGUACUCCAGACCAGAGUGUAUUUGCUUCGCAGCUUCUCUUCCUUGUCGUACUGCGUGAUUUCUUUCACACACAAAAAAAAAAAAACAAAAACAAGACAAAAAACGAUUGAUGGUUAUCUCUCCUGCAUCUCUCCUAUUCAUUCGAUUCAACCAAGAUAUUUUCUUCCGAGUUCUUAUCGACAAACGCAAUGGCUACUCUCCUUCUCCUUCCUGCUCACUCUCUCAAGAGAUGUAGUUCCUCUACUCACAAUCAAAUUUGAUUCCCUAGUUCAUGGCCUCUAUGUAUUAGUUCGCUUGAAUUUCUGUUUUUUCUGUUCUGGGUUCUUUUUGAUACUUGAUAGAAAUAAUCAAUUCAAGCAUCAGGGCUUCCUUGACGCGCCACAUGGGAUUGGGCCUGUUUUGCCAAGCGAUAGUACGGAAUUCCGGGCAAGAAGGCAAAUGGAAUCUCGAUCACAAUCACAGUCGCUAUUGGAUCUGAUUGCACAGUCUCUCAAUGGCCGAUACUCCCUCUUGGCACGCCAAGAGCUCGACGGAUUGCCUGAUAAUUUCACCAUUACUGACCCAAGUAUCUGCGGUCACCCAAUUAUCUACGCAAGCCUCGGCUUCUUGAAGAUGCUGGGCUACUCAAAAGACGAAGUGAUCGGCAAGAAUGGGCGCAUAUUUCAGGGUCCUAAAACCAAUCGCCGCUCGGUGUUGGAAAUACGAGAGGCAAUUCGCGAGGAGAGGACUUUACAGAUCAAUUUGUUGAAUUAUCGCAAAGACGGGACGCCGUUUUGGAUGUUGUUUCACAUGAGUCCUGUUUUUGGCAAGGAAGACGGGAGGGUGAUUCAUUUCGUGGCGGUUCAGGUGCCCAUAACGGGGAGACACAAGAAAAAUGGGUUGACCUUGAGUGAGAGUGGGCGUGGUUUUCUUGACAAUGUGUUCGGGUCGUGUAGGAGGGAGGUCUGCUCGGAUACUCUAGUGGAAUUGGAUCGUGUUUUGGCAUUGGAUUCUGCAUUGCAUCCUGAAGCCAGAGCAGUUUCUGGUUUAAGUUGGAUUUUGAAUCUGCAUCUAACAGUAUCAGAAAUUGAAGAGCUUUGUGAGGCAAAUGAUCUAGAGAAGCAAAGAGCUACAAAUUCCGUAAACAAUAUCUUGUCUGUGCUAACCCGUUGUAGCGAGUUUACUGGCCAAAUGGUGUGUGGAAAGAGAUGCACCUUACGUGGGGCUGGCCUUCUCUGUUCAUCCUUAAAUAUAUCUCUUGGUAGAAUCAAACAAAGCUUUGUAUUGAUCAAUCCACACCUACCUGAGAUGCCUAUAGUUUAUGCAAGUGAUGCCUUCUUAAAGUUGACAGGAUAUGAUAGACAUGAAGUUUUGGAGCGCAAUUGGAGAUUUUUAAAUGGGAUAAAGGAUAGCAUUCGAACAGAAUGUGCAUGCACAGUACGUAUCUUAAAUUACAGGAAGGACAGUAGUUCAUUUUGGAAUCUUCUGCACAUAUCACCUGUUCGCAAUGCUUCUGGCAAGAAACUAGCAUCCGUAUCAAUUCCGGUGACAAAACGUACUACAGUGCCUAUGCCCCAGCGUCUCACAUCAACUCAGUUAGGAGACGAAACGUAAAAACACACAAGGGGAGUCCGAAACCCGUGAUCGCCCCCUAGGCUUAUCAUCAAGCAAAUCAUCUUCCCCAAUAUCAAAAGCUUAAAUCUUAAAAUCUAAACACUAAAUCUUAAUUUUUAAACUCUAAUAUAUCAUUCAAACUAUGAUUUAACAUGAUUAUCACGCGGGUGCAGUUAGGUGGGAUAAGUACGAUAUCAAUUAUUGGGAUUCGUAUAAUUACUGUUAUCCUUUUGGGUUGGGGGCUGGGUGAAGAAAAUCCCACUCGUCAACCUAUGCUUUUAAGAUAAAUGUUUACGGGCCCACAAAUGCCAACGUGUCAACUCUGCAUGAUAUUUGUUGUCCACGCUGGAAUUCCUAGUAAGUAGCAACGCUGUGUCGCUGUCUGUCUGGGUCGAGGUUCAGUAAUUUCUCUCUUCUUCUCUCAACCUUCUUUCUUUUCUAUUUUUUUUAAUUCCAGAAAAUAUUUUGAUGUUUGGUCAGAAUUAGUGUAAUUUUGGCACUGUCAAACAAAAAGCUUUUCCCAUACGUGAAUCAAUGUAAUUUGAAGCCAGAGAAUAGAUUAUAAUAAGAAAUAUUUGCUCAAAAGUAGUAUAAGGUAGUCACUACAAAAACAGGGCAACUAGUACAAGAUUCUUUUCUUUUUUUUUUCUUUUUCUUUUUCUGUUUCCUUCUGUUUUGUCUUCUCGGUGGACGAAAUCCAUCUUCGAUUGGGCAGUAAUGGAAGUCAAGCAGUUGGU